AUGGAACCUGAUACGAAUUAUAAUUGUUCUUUUUCACUCUUUCAGUCGCCUUCUAAAAAUACUCAACCUCGUCGAGCAGCAACAGCUUCAUCUCAAUCACCCAUAUCGACAUCUCCAUCGUCUUCACCUUCCAAUCAUUUCAUAUCAUCUUCAACCCCUAGCGCAACGACCGGUUCUUCAUCGGCAACACCCUCAGCAUCCUCAAGUCAACACCCUCUCGCUCAACCACCUAUCACUGCGAACCAACCGGUCGAACCCUCUCCUGCACCGUUACCAUUUCUCCCUCUUGCGCCACCGCAAGUGAACGCUCUCAGAGCAGCUCUUACUCGACGACGGUCCUCAUUCCCUCCCGUCGCAGCUUCUGGCAGUACUAGCGCAAGUAACAUAUAUCCUUGGGUCAUGGGUGGCACACCCGGAUCGGGCGCUGGUUUCGACUGGGGAACAGCAUUCGAGUCUUUCCCUGGCUUUGGAGCAGAAUUGAAUCCAGGUAAUCACGGAGAUGGGACCGGCUUAACUCCUGGUACAGUAGCUUGGGAAACCUUACUCAAUUUCGAUACCGAUGUGAAACCAUCAACGAACAAAAUAGUAUCUUCAAAACCGGUAUCUGCUAAAUCAAAAUCCAUACCUCCUCCCGAACAAAACAAUACCGCUGUACCACGAGCCAAAUCAGAUCCUCUACACGAUGAGAAUGCUUUUCGCUCUUCAUCUGAAUCCUCAUAUUAUCAACCGACAGCACCCACUCCCACGACACUGCCACCCGCUGCUGUGACACCAGCCAGAGCACUUCAGCUUGGACCCGAUUUAGCAUGGCGGACGGCUUUGGCAAGCGUAGUUGCAGUGGAUGGAGUCGGAGAGGUCACGGUAGCAAGAGUAUUACAAGAAAUAUGGAGAAGGGGAGGUGGUGAAUUGGUCACAAGCCAAUGCCUUUGGUCAAAUAUCGUGAUUGCGCUUUCGAUGCCCGAAGUACCAGAUCCAGCUGUACGCAUACCGCCUCCUUCUGCACAAUCAGCCAUGGCUCUUCAACAGCUAUAUAAUUUCAGUAUCAGACACUGGGAACCGGCAAUUUUCACAGGUCUUCUAGGCAACUAUGCGACCACAUUAUCCGAUACUUCUAACACCUCCCACACUUCCAAUGACAACAUCGCCAACGAUUUCGCGUCCAAUCAAAUAUAUGGACCUUCUACACCUCUCAGAGAACCGGACGUGUCACAAUGGAUGAACCUAACCCCAAGCGGGUGGAACACUGCUGCGCUGUUCGGAGGAAAUAACGAAUCUCAAAAAAAUAUCAACGGUGCAUUCCCUUUCCCUCUCAACUCGGAUUUAGGCAGUGAAGCCUUGUUUGCGCGACGGACAUCGCUUGCCAAGACCGAGGUUGGAGAUGAUAACAAUAUCAAAGGAAUUGACGAGAUUCUCGCUUCCAUGGAAGAAGGGAAAGAGGACGAUGAGAGAGCCAUGAUGGUUGAGAACAUGGCUAAUCAAGAUAAGUUGUUAAAUCAACAGUCUUCUUUGGAAUCAUCCAAUGCAGGAGGAAUACCAAGUCAACAAAAUUCAACUUUCCAAUUUCCUACACCUGAGACUGAUCAUACCAACUCACCGCCUGUCAGAAGAAGUAGUAAAACUGCCAAUACACUUUCACCUGUAUCAUUGGCUUCCCCUUAUGUCACCGCUGGUUCCUUAACAUCGACUUUGAUAGGGCCAUCUCCCACCACCGCUACUUCCAGUACGUUCCCAUCUAUGUCGAGUGAUAUGCCCUCUAGCGGGAAAAUAGCCUCCUUAAAACGGAGACCAACUCAACUGUCUAUGCCUCCAGUCGAAUUUAUCCCUCCUCCGCCCAUGUGCAUGUUCUUCAACCCUUCUUUCGAGAAUCUCACCGACGGUAAAGCUGGAAUAUGGCGUGGAGAUUUAGAAGUAAAAGGCAGAGGUGGUGGCAAGUUCCCCAUUAUCGUUGUUGGUGAAAAGGAUACGGAACAUUUAUGGCAAUCGCAUCUGUGGCCCAAGACACUCACUUACCCUCUCAACCAAGUCCCUGUGGAAAGUUGCACCAGUACCAUGAUUCCUGUUUCCCACCUUGCCAGAGAGGGUUUAGUACCUAUCACGAUGGGUAUGGUAUUAUGUAACGAACCUCCAGAGAGACUGGCACCGUACGUCAACAUGGUACAGGGAUUACACGCUGAAGGAGUCGGAUUCCAUUUACCAUGUGAAACGAGAUUACCGAUUGUGUUUUUACCUGCCAAAUUCCAUUCUUCCGAUCCACUAUUGCGUUUAGGAAUAGCAUUCAUGGGUAAAGCAGGAUAUACACAUCCUCCUGCACCUUUAUCGGCUGCAGGUCAAUUAGUGUGCGCAAAAAGCAGAACAAGUAAAUCAGGUUCCAUUGGACAAGAAGAAGAUGGACCUAAAAAGAAGAAACGAAGACAGAGUGCUCCUCCGGCUGUGAACGACGGUAGAGGUAGGAAAAGAAAAGAGAACGCUUUAACCAAUGUUGGCAAAAUUGAUGAAGAAGGGGAGUAG